UGAUGUAGCUAAAGUUAGCCCCCGUCAAGUUAAUAUAUAAGACCCCAAGGGGCCGAUGCAUACAUGUCAGUCUCAUCGGUUUGGUGUACGGACUUCUCUUCUUGACCAACCACAACCCAACAGACUUUAGAGAUGGCACCCAAGAAGGCCAAGAGGAGGCAGCAGCAGCAGGGUGAGGGUGGAUCCUCCAACGUGUUCUCCAUGUUUGAGCAGAGCCAGAUCCAGGAGUACAAGGAGGCUUUCACAAUCAUCGACCAGAACAGAGAUGGCAUCAUCAGCAAGGACGACCUCAGGGACGUGUUGGCCACCAUGGGCCAGCUGAACGUGAAGAGCGACGAGCUGGAGGCCAUGGUGAAGGAGGCCAGCGGCCCCAUCAACUUCACCGUCUUCCUCACCAUGUUCGGCGAGAAGCUGAAGGGUGCUGAUCCUGAGGACGUCAUCGUGAGCGCUUUCAAGGUCCUGGACCCCGAAGGCACCGGCAGCAUCAAGAAGGAAUUUCUUCAGGAGCUCCUGACCACCCAGUGUGACAGAUUCACCAGUGAGGAGAUGACCAAUCUGUGGGCUGCCUUCCCACCCGAUGUGGCCGGCAAUGUGGACUACAAGAACAUCUGCUACGUCAUCACACACGGAGAGGACAAGGAGGAGUAGAUCUCUUCUUCUCUUCAGCUCUCUACCUCUACCAACACUCUGCCGACAUACACUCGCUCCGUUUCCUCCAACGCAGCAACUUCACUUUCACAAACUCUCUCGUCCAACAUUUCCGCUCGCCAAAAGACUUCUCUACUUUGCCCAAGACGCUGUGGACGGGUGCGGUUUGUGAGCAACAUCGGAUUAUUUUCAAUAAAAAUAAUCUUAUGACACUGAAACUCUCUCUAUCUCUGUCCUUACCUCUUUCUCCUCCCUCCAUCAUUCACUCUGUUCUGUGUUUUAGGGCCAACAGUGCAAAUGUACGGUUAGCAUAUUACUACAUUUAGUGUAGUAACUUUCUUGACAAAAUUUAUUUUUACUGUACUUUUUCCUUUUAUUUUAGUAAUUUAAUUAUGAAGUAUCGCUACUUCUACUUGAGUAAGACGUCUGGAUUUUCUACUCACUGAGUGAAAAACAAACACGCUUUAACCAAUAAUUCACCAGACACUGCCCUUGCAGUUUUUGUUAAAGUUUCAUACAUUUUUUUAUUGAAAGGAAUUGAUUUGGAAUUUUAUUUUGCCGAUUUUGGUUAUUUUUUGUCACUGAUAUAGCUUAUUGUCAUUUUCCUACUCAAAAUUUUAAUCCGUCUCAUGGUGUAAUUUUGAUCAGUUACUCAGAACUGGAGUAAAAUUUUUACUAAAAAAUAUUCUUAAGGUAUCUCAAGUUUAACAUGAUUUAAGUCCACGUGUGGAUCUUGAGUAAUUUUUUACUUGAGUAAAAAUAUGUUGAAGUAAUGCUGCUCUCAAGAACAUUUUUUGGGUUCUCUGCCCACCAGUUGGUCAAAAUGUCUCUUGGUUAGGGUUAGAGUUAGGGUUAGGGCUAGAGUUAGGGUUAGGGCUAGGGUUAGGCCUUGGCGUUUGCACAGCAACUAGCUUGAAACAAGCUAGCAGUCUGACCCGGUCGGGUCUGUUGGUCUCAACUUCACAGAGUGCUUAAUGGCUUCCUUUGAUUUAUCUGUAGGAGAGUAAAAGAGUGGAGGUACCGCACUACAAUAGAUAGCCUACCCCGCUCUUUUACCAAAAAGAGGAGCUGCAAUCAGAAAAAAGAGGAAAGCAUUAAACUAGAGAAAGAAAUGCUGAAAGGUGGUGAGUUGGGGAAGAAAAUGGACAAUCCAAAGGAAAAAGAGAAAUAAAUCUUUUGUUUUUGACUUGUCCUCCAUGUCACUGCUGUUUCGCUCCUGUUGUGACUCUGAUCUGACUGCAUUGUAACAAAGAAAGAAAUACAAAUAAAAUCCGCUUUCUUUCGUACAACA